GGUGCAACGUGGAGAACGCCUGCUACAGCUUGGGGGUGUGCGCCGAGCGCACCGCCAUCCAGAAAGCCAUCUCUGAGGGCCACACCAGCUUCAGGGCCAUGGCCAUCGCCAGUGACAUGGGGGACAACUUCAUCGCACCCUGCGGUGCUUGCAGACAAGUGAUGAGAGAGUUUGGCGCAGACUGGGAUGUCUACCUGACCAAAGCAGAUGGCACCUACAUCGUCAAGAGGCUGGAGGAGCUGCUGCCCUUCUCCUUCGGCCCCGAGGACCUCAAGAAGGUGUGA